AUGCGCGCAUUCGUGGUACUCGCCUGCGUGGCGUUGGCAUAUGGCCGCCCUGAGCCCCCAGUUGGCUACAGCUAUUCAGCUCCCAGCUCUAAAUACUCCGCUCCAUCUGGCAGCUAUGGGGCACCAUCUAUUGGUGGUCACAGGACUGUCUCAGUAGGAGGACACUCUGGAGGCAUUUCGUUUGGUCACUCCGGUUUAUCCGGCUUGUCCCUUGGCGGUGGCCACUCGGCUGGUGGUCUUGCUCUUGGAGGUGGACAUUCAUCAGGUGGACUUUCCCUUGGAGGCGGACACUCUGCUGGUGGAAUCUCUCUUGGAGGCGGACACUCUUCCGGUGGAUUUGCGUUGGGAGGUGGAGCCGGCAGCAGCGGCCUAGGCUUUGGUGGUGAUUCAGGAUUCGGCGGUGGAUAUGCCGGUGGCUAUUCUGGCGCUCCUCUCGUACAGAAGCACAUCUACGUCCACGUACCUCCACCAGAACCCGUUGAACAGAGAAUUCCUCGUAUUCCCGCUGUAGCUCCUCCCCAGAAACACUAUAAGAUCAUCUUCAUCAAGGCCCCGACUCCUCCUACCCCAGUAGCUCCCAUCAUCCCAGUCCAGCCCCAGAACGAAGAGAAAACCCUCGUUUACGUGCUUGUCAAGAAACCCGAAGACCAACCAGACAUUAUCAUCCCAACUCCUGCGCCAACUCAACCCUCGAAACCCGAAGUAUACUUCAUCAAAUACCAGACACAGAAGGAAUCUGGUGGUGCCAUCGGAGGAGGCGCUAUUGGUGGUGGUGCUAUCGGCGGUGGUGCUAUCGGCGGUGGUGACAUUGGAGGUGGCUCCAUUGGAGGUGGUGAUUUGGGCGGCAUCGCUUUGGCUGGCGGAGUUGGCGGCGCUGGUGGUGCUGGCGGUCAUGGUGGUGAUGAUAUCGGUGCUGACUUCGGAGCUAGCGGUGGUGACAUCAGUGGUGGUAUCAGUGGUGGAGUCAGUGGUGGUGAUGCUGGACACGGAGGUGCUACCAGCUCUCAGUACGGUCCUCCCGGUCACGUUGCGGGUCCCCUUCACUAAGCUAAAGACACCUUAGCAAGCUAGAUGGGAAGAAAUGUGUAAUUUAUUGCUGUGCGUGCAGAAUUUAUCAGUAUUUGCAAACCGUUUUAUGAAUUACCAUAAAAACAGAGGUCAUUCUGACCAUCUACGCUCGCAGUGUGCACGCAGGCACAUUGUAAAUAGUCACCUGUCUCGUGUCUGCUUGCACACACCCUUUCUCAUCGUUCUCAUCUUUCAUCUCUACUUGUUAUUAGUGCACAAGUGUUAGUGUUAUCUUAAAGGAGGUAAUUUACAGCGACUGUUACGUUAUGUAUUAUAUAAUAUUGCUUUUUUAUAUUAAAAUAAAAUAAUAAUAAUAAAUAAAUAUGUGAUGCCGAUUUGUUGUUUUGCUGUACAUUUGUUAUGGAACGGGUUGUUCAGAAUCGAUGAAUUGCGUCAUGCCCGAAAGUGGUCG